AUGGGAUCUACUGAUUUUGAUUUGAGUACUGCAUCUGGUACACUUGAGUUCGUUCCAAAACCUUCUAGUCCUUUGUUUGUGCAGUCUUCAGAUGUUCCAGGUGUUUCACUUGUGCCAGUUCCUUUCUCUGGGACGAAUUUUGGGGGUUGGAAAAGGAGUAUAAUUGUUUCUUUGUCUGCUAGUAACAAAAUUGCAUUUGUUGAUGGUAGUUUGCCCAAACCUCCUGAUAAUCCCAUCGAGUCUAAGCAGUGGGACAGAUGUAAUAAUAUGGUAAUUUCAUGGUUAACAAGUUCUUUGUCUCCUGAUAUUGCGGAUAGUGUCCACUAUUCUGAAAUAGCUGAAGAAAUAUGGAGACAGUUAAAUAAAAGAUAUGGGACAGUAAAUAGAACUAAAGCCUUUGAAAUUAAGAAAGAACUAGCUUCUACCUGUCAAGGUUUCCAAGAUAUUGCCUCAUACUUUAACAAACUAAAGAAAUUGUGGGAUGAAUUGAGAGUUGUUUGUACAAAUCAUGGAAAUCACUGCACUUGUGGUGCAAAGGAAGGUAUUCUUAAAGAGAAGGAAGAGGAUAGACUUCAUCAGUUUCUCAUGGGGCUGAAUGAAGUCUAUGUUAGUGUCAGGAGAAACUUGCUCAUGAUGCAACCAUCUCCAACACUAGACAGUGCAUAUAACAUCCUUCUUCAAGAUGAAAGGCAGAGGCAGAUCAAUUCCAACUCUCAGUUUGGUCCUGAUUCAGCUGCUUUCACUGCCAAAAUCAAUCUCAACCAUCAGUCCGAUCCCAACACAAAUUAUAGGCCUCCUGGUUCCAACACUCAGAGACAGUAUGUCCAAAGAUUGAACUUUGAUCAAGCCAAAGGGAAUCUAUUUUGCAGAUAUUAUAAGAAGAAUGGGCACUUAAUGAAUAAGUGCUUCAAGCUUCAUAGUUUCCCUCCUGAUUUCAAAUUCACCAAAGGGAAGAAAAUUGCAGCAAAUGCGACCGUUGGAAUAGAUUUUUCUUUUGAUGAUUGUAUAAAUUCUUCUUCUCUUCCUGCUUUGGAACUACCAACAAUGAUUCACAGGGUUCAUUAG